AUAGCAAACAUCAAUCUCUCACCCAUCAACAAAAGCUUUUCACAUCUCUCUCACACACAAACACAACCUUCGCUUUCCAAUCGAGUUCAAGAUGUCGCCUGCCUUCAAACCCAGUUACACCGAUGACGACUAUAUCGUAUACGUGACGGCAGAGGAUCGAUCAGGUUCCCAGUCGAAUGGUGAUGCUGAUCCAUCCCUUUCCAUUGAUCAUCUGGUGGUCUCAGUUACUUGGAAUGUCAAGAGAACCUACUAUUCUGAUACUGACCUCAACAAAAGAUGGCCAAUCAGAGACCUCGAUGAAGAGCACGCAUUCGAUGGCAUGCUAUUACCAUCACCACUAGAAUCAGAACAUUCACUGCGAUUGCUUAUAGGCACCAUGACAGUUGAUCAUAUGAUAAACGAGAAAAUACCGUUCCAGUUCCUUGGCCACAGGCUGCGCUGGAACGAGCAUUCUUCUCGCUCUGCAGGCACCGCAGACGAAGAUCAAUGGACACCAUUAGAAAGCGUACGUGAUAUGAUUCACAAAAUAUCCGGUGUUCUUAAUGGCAUGGUUCUCUCAGGCCGCAAGAAGAUGGACAUUCGUGUGACAUUUCAUAAGCAAAUUACACUCUCUCCUCAACAAUAUGAAGCAGUGGCUAGGCGAGCUAGGAGACUUUGA